AUGGCCAAUAUUCCCAUGAGUCACGCUACUGCUCAAGUCCAGUGCCACCUGAAUCUGAGUGGAUCAUGGACAUUGCGUAAAUACGAGUUCGAGGAUGGAAAGGAGAUCAUGGACCUUGAUCGUCCUCUUAUCAAUUCAUCUUCCUCUGCAGCGAGAGCCGACAGCAGCAACGCGGGAGACAUGAAGCCAGCCAGGUCGCAAUCAGUAAGCUCGUAUCGAACUGAAGCUCCAGACAAGGACGCGAACAAGAGCCCUUCUCGAUCUACAUCUGAGAAAUCCCCAGGGAUCACCAUCCUCCAGCAGCUCGAGCGGGCGCUUGAGAGAGAUGGAAGACAAAUCUCACCGCCAACCGAAGAUUCCACACCGAACAAUGCUGAGCCAGGUGUGCAAGACCUGGAGAUCUCAGAAGAAGAAAAUCAAAAACAAAGUCAAUAUGCCCCAUCCCUGAAAGAGCCGAAUGAUGCCUUCAAGAUCAGCAAGGAAAUACUUUCAUCGAUUCGUGAUGAGACUACGACAACAACAUCACCGACCAAGAAAGCAACCAACCCCGCAGCCCCAACGUCUGGUAAAGGUUGGAAAAUGGUGUCCGCAAGUGACCGACCAAAAGCUCUGUACGACCAACCUGAGAUCCCAGACAUCACUGGACCAAGGGCCCGACGGACAUCAACCCUCAAUAAUAGCAAGUUUUCGGAAGCCAAAAGAGAAGCUUCACGGACAAGUCUGGCUCCUGUGGAUGAAGACGGUCAGGGUCUCCUUUUCUACUCUUUUGUGAUUGGAGGUCUUUCGAAGAGAGCAGCGACUCCUAGACCUAAAGCCACGAAAGGCAAAGGCAAGGGUCGGGGUAAAGAUGACGCGAUUGAAAUUCUUGAUGACGAGAUGGAGGAGGCUGAGAUACGGGUUCCUAAGAAGCGGAAGACUGCUGUUGAGGGAAAAGAAGUUGCUGGAUCAGGCGAGGAGGAUGGAGAGGUUGAGGCGAAGGAGAAGAAGAAGAAGAAGAAUUAUGGGGGCAUGAACUUGCAUGACCCUGACGGUAAUGACUCGUCGCCUGGAGUUCAGCACAGAAAGAGAAGUAAGAAAUAG